CGCUCCGCCCCCCCCGCCGGCGCGGCGGUGCGGCGCAGGCGCGCGCUUGAGGCGGCGACGGCGGCGCGAGCCGUGCUCGGUGCGCGCUGCGCGCUGCCUCCCGGGCUGGGCCCGCCCCGCCGCCCAUUGUCCUCGCGCCAUGUGACCGCGGGCGGUUACAAAGCGCGGGCCGCUCGCCGCUCCGUGUGCUGAGUCACGGUGUCGCUCCGUGCCGCCGCAGCGCGAGGCUUCGCCAUGGGGACGGAAGGCGCCCGCGCCCUGCUGGAGCGAGCGAGGACCCUCAACCUGCAGACCGGCAACCUGCUGAGCUGGGGCUGCGGCCGCAAGAAGUGCCCCGUCACCCCCAGCGAGGAGGUGCGGGACUGCAUUCAGAAAACACUGACUGAAUGGAGCUCAAAGGUUGGACGAGAUCAGAAUCAGGAAAUGGUAGAGGUUCUGGAAUGUACUGUAGCUCAAGCUGUAGAAAAAAUGAAUCCUGAAGAAAGGGAUGAACUGAAAGUAUCGGCAAAACUUUUCAUUGUUGGAUCAAACUCUUCAUCGAUCAGAGAUGCAGUUGACAUGGCGUGUUCUUCCCUUGGAGUUGCUCAGUUAGAUUCGGUCAUUAUUGCCCCAUCUGCUAUUGAAGAUGAAACUAGCCUCUCCUUGGAGUAUCUGCAGCCUUAUUGGCAAGAACUUGAAACUCUAGUUGAAAACAAAAAGAUUGUUGCCAUAGGCACCUCUGACCUUGAUAAAACACUUCUAGAGCAGCUGUACGUAUGGGCACAGGUGAAACCAAGCAGCAAUCAGGUGAACCUAGCUUCAUGUUGCGUGAUGCCGCCUGAUCUCACAGCAUUUGCAAAACAGUUUGACAUACAGCUGCUAACUCACAAUGACCCAAAAGAAUUACUUUGUGAAGCAAGUUUUCAAGAAGUUCUUCAGGAAAGCAUCCAGAACGUCAAAGCACACGAAUGGAUUCCUUUAUGGAUUCUGCGAUAUUCAGUCAUUGUUAAAAGCAGAGGAAUUAUCAAGUCCAAAGGCUAUAUCAUGCAAGCGAAAAGAAAUGCCUCUUAAAGCGCUUAAUCUUUUUUUAUUCUUUGAAAUGGCCUACUGCUGUAAUUUCUGGGGGAUGGGAGGAACAUGCCUUUUUUGUAGAGAGACUUUUACAUCAUUUAUAACAAAGACCAAAAGUUGUAAUUAUUGAGUAUGAUGUCAGAAGGAGCAUCUGCAGUGUUCUAACAAUAUAUUUUUAAUGUACUGAUCAGUUAAUUAAAAAUGUUUUGAUUUUACUGUUGAAAUGAUCUAUAAAGAAACAGCUUAAAAUAUUUCUUUUUAUGACCAGCUCACUGUAAACGUUGUCAUUAUAUUUUAGCUACCACUGGGCAGUAUAGAGAAACAUAUAUUUUAAAUUUUAAUUUCUCUUUAAUAUUUACUAAUCUGGUAGGGUAGGUACCUGGAUUUCAAACACUCCAGGACUGGGACUGAUUUUUUUUAUAGAAAAUUGCCAUCUUUCAUGGAAAAAUUAUUCUAAAUAAACUAUCUUUACUUUGUAUGUAUAUAGGCAAAUUAGCUGUUUGAUUUGUGUGGGUGGGAAAAAAUGCUUUAUUUUUAAUACCGUGUUUAAAAAAAAAAAAAAAAGCAAUCCUGAAUUAGAAAAGAUGCAUCUUCCAAAUUGUUUUACUUUAUAUUACUUGAAUUCCUUCUGUCUUUUAUGCCUGUGUGCUUUUAGUACUUCACAAGUGAUGGCAUCUUCACCAUUUGAAGUAGGAAAUGGUUUGUGUGUUUAAAAUAAGAACUGGAAACAAAUGAUGAGAUAUGUGUUAAUCAGAAAUCAAAUAGUACUCGGCUUGUCCUCAGCUCUGUGUUUGUUUGUUCUUCUCAUGUUUAGGAGCUAUGCAACCUGAAUCAGCCAUGUCAGAAACAGUCAGCAGCCUUAACAUUUCCCACUGUGUGACCAUGUAAAAGGGACAAUAAUUCUGAGGAUUGCCUAGGAAACUGCCUUGCUUGGGUGCCAUUUAGAAAUGAAGCAGAGAUCAUCUUUAGACUUGGAUAUAUUUCUGUUUGGCAGUAGCUUAAUGCUCUGGCUCUGGAGUCUUAGGGAGAGAUGUCUGCAGCUAAGGCCGGUUUAAUGUGCGCUAUUGAAAAGGCCUUUAAAUUUCCUUGGCAUUUAAAUCAGAAUAGGUGGCAAAAAAGCUCUGUCUGUUCAGCAGGGGCUCUAAGUCUCUAAAAUCCGAUGCUCGUUUUCCUCUGGAUUUCAGGUGGGAGUUUCUAGUACUUCUGACUAGUACUAGUUAAAUUAUUUGUUUCCUCACAGGCCAAAGCUCAAAAUAGGUACAAAUUUCCACCAUCUUUCAAAUUCUAUUAUGCAGGCAGUGAUUGGAAUCUGAGUGCUCGUAGGCACUGUGUGGAAAUAUCAACUCGCUAUGAACCAUUCCACUAAGUUACAGUGUGAUUCUUCAUUGAGAUACCUUUGAGUUCUUCAUUAUCUCACGUGUAUAUGGCAAGCUCUAGGAACGCGGAUUUCUACUACUACUUCAGUUGUUCUCAUAAACAAGGGGCAGAGAACUUGGACUAGUAAUGCAGCAAUAGAAUGUUUAGGAGGGAAAAAAAAAAAAACAGAACAAAAUGUAGUUUUUCUUUAUGUUGGGUCAGUGUGCAUCAGAUCUGGUAAAGGCGUUUCCUUUGUACUUCGUGUAUGGCUCUGAGUUGUGUGCUGCUGCUUAACCAUUCCGUGCAUUGUUUGACUGCAGCCAUUAUUGGAUUGCAUGAAUGUAAAUGGGAAUUCUCUGAAAUAAGAGCUGUGCUAGAACAAUGUGCGCGUUGCCCUCGUGAUGUACUUAUUUACUUUCUGGCUAUCAACUGCUCCAAGUUCUCUUGCUUUAGGACAACGUCCUUUAAGACAAUCUUGUCUGUGUGAUGUCACCGACAGCAUAACGAUUUAUCAGCUUUUCAAUAUUACUUUCUGUGCAGAAGUGUGAGAGGUGGGAUUUCUUUCAGAGACGAAUUGAAUUAAAAACUGAAGUUCUUGUAGGCUGUUGUAUGAAUUCUCAUUGUCCUCCUCCUACUUUUUCACCUUAUCGGAUCCUUUGUCAUAAAAGGUGUAUUUUAAACUGA